CGGUUGAGGUCCAGCCAUUGGAAGGAGGGGAACACUGGACCGCAGCAACUCGCCCCGCCUGCCACAUCAGCUCUGGGCGCAGCACAGGUGGGCUGGGGAAGGAAGGGAUCGAGGCAAGCCACUGAGCGAGGCUGGAGGUCUGCGCAAGGACCAUGGGCGCCGCGCUGGGCACGAGCGCACGGCUGGCGCCCCUGCGGGGCCGGGCCUGCGGCGCCGUCCCGCGCUGGGCGCCCUCUGCACCCGCCCGAGGCUGCCACUCCAAGCCCGGCGCGGCGCGCCCGGUGCCCCUGAAGAAGCGCGGUUACGAUGUUACCAGGAACCCGCAUCUCAACAAGGGGAUGGCCUUUACACUUGAAGAAAGGCUGCAGCUUGGAAUCCACGGCCUGAUUCCCCCCUGCUUCCUGAGCCAGGACGUCCAGCUUCUCCGGAUCAUGAGAUACUACGAGCGGCAGCAGAGCGACCUGGACAAGUACAUCAUUCUCAUGACACUCCAGGACCGGAACGAGAAGCUCUUCUACCGAGUGCUGACGUCAGACGUGGAGAAAUUCAUGCCCAUCGUGUACACCCCCACCGUGGGACUGGCCUGUCAGCACUAUGGCCUGACCUUCCGCAGGCCCCGGGGGCUGUUUAUCACCAUUCAUGACAAGGGCCACCUUGCAACAAUGCUGAACUCUUGGCCAGAAGACAAUAUUAAGGCCGUGGUGGUAACUGAUGGGGAGCGCAUCCUGGGCCUAGGCGAUCUGGGCUGCUACGGCAUGGGCAUCCCCGUGGGCAAGCUGGCCCUGUACACAGCGUGCGGAGGGGUCAGCCCGCAGCAGUGCCUCCCAGUCCUGCUGGACGUCGGGACCAACAAUGAGGAGCUGCUCAGAGACCCCCUGUACAUUGGGUUGAAACACCAGCGUGUGCGUGGGAAGGAGUACGAUGACCUGCUGGACGAGUUCAUGCAGGCUGUGACAGACAAGUUUGGAAUAAAUUGCCUCAUCCAGUUUGAAGACUUUGCCAAUGCCAAUGCCUUCCGCCUGCUCAACAAAUACCGCAACAAGUAUUGCAUGUUCAAUGAUGACAUCCAAGGCACAGCCUCUGUCGCUGUAGCGGGGAUCCUGGCUGCUCUGCGAAUCACCAAGAACAAGCUCUCCAAUCAUGUGUUUGUUUUCCAAGGCGCAGGUGAGGCAGCCAUGGGCAUCGCCCACCUCCUUGUCAUGGCUCUAGAGAAAGAAGGUGUACCCAAGGCAGAGGCCACAAGGAAGAUCUGGAUGGUGGACUCCAAGGGACUCAUUGUCAAGGGGAGGAGCCACCUGAACCAUGAGAAGGAGAUGUUUGCCCAGGACCAUCCUGAAGUGAACUCCCUGGAGGAGGUGGUGAGGCUGGUAAAGCCCACAGCUAUCAUAGGUGUUGCUGCCAUCGCAGGAGCCUUCACGGAGCAGAUUCUGAGGGACAUGGCCUCCUUCCACGAGCGCCCUAUCAUCUUUGCCCUGAGCAACCCCACCAGCAAGGCCGAGUGCACGGCUGAGAAGUGCUACCGGGUCACUGAGGGCCGAGGGAUCUUUGCCAGUGGAAGUCCCUUUAAGAGCGUGACUCUGGAAGAUGGCAGGACCUUCAUUCCUGGGCAAGGAAACAAUGCCUAUGUGUUCCCUGGAGUGGCUCUGGGAGUCAUUGCUGGGGGGAUCCGGCACAUCCCAGAUGAGAUCUUCCUCCUGACGGCAGAGCAAAUUGCCCAAGAGGUCUCUGAGCAGCAUUUGUCCCAGGGGAGACUGUACCCACCACUCAGCACCAUCCGAGAUGUGUCUCUGAGAAUCGCCAUCAAAGUCCUCGACUUCGCGUACAAACACAACCUGGCCUCCUACUACCCAGAGCCCAAGGACAAGGAGGCUUUUGUAAGAUCCCUGGUCUACACUCCAGAUUAUGACUCCUUUACACUGGACAGCUAUACUUGGCCCAAGGAAGCCAUGAAUGUUCAAACAGUCUGAUGCAGUUUCAGAGUCUGGUAUGGGGCUGGAACAACCCCAGCGUAACACUGACAAUAUAAAUGGGUUCUAAAAUGGCCAUCUUUGUCACUGUGUUUUUCCUUUGAACUUGCUGGUGUGAUGGGAGCUACCCAGGCACACAGUGAAUGAUAGCCUUGUUCCUGAAAGCCCUGAGAAUUCCCUUUUCUGUAACCCUCUUCGGACUUCCUCCCCAAGAAUUUCUUAAUCCAAUUGCCAACAAUUAGCUAGGCCUUGUGGGAAAGCUAGACUCCUUUCUAGAACUCUGCGUUGACAGAGUUCAGAGUCUAGUGAAGUAGAACAGGUAUGGACACAAUUCAUUUUGCCACAGGGGAGAAAGUGGUAAGUCCAUGAAAGAAGUGCAGAUAAAGGUCAAGCAAAGGUGCCCAGAGAAGGGAGGAGACACUUCCUCUGAGGACAUUAGAGAAGGCUUCAGGGGGAAAAGUGUGCACACUGAGUCCCAGGAGUGAAGGACAGGUAGGGGUUGUGGGGAAAUGAGGAAAGUAAGGGCAGCCACUGGCCAGAAAGCAUGGUCCACCCAUGAGGGAGUUCAAUCCCUGUUGGAAGAAUGUACACCCUUCAAGACUCAGAUGGAUAUGAAGGCUGAGUAGCUGAAGGCAACUCACUAGUCAAAAAUAGUCACUGACAUGUGGGUUAUUUAAUGUUAGGAUUCCUUUUUGGUUAUUACUAAAAGGAAAACUAUAAAUAAAUGUGGGUGUGGAGGGGUCAGCAAGCCAAGGGGUGAAGAGGAAGAGAGACAGGGGAAGAGAACCAUGGAAUUCUAGGGAAGACUUGAUUUCAUUUUCCUGGCUCUGGAAUUCUCUGUCUCCCACCCUUUACUCUGAAGGAAUUCAGCAAACAAGGGCAGUAUUCUUAUAAAAUGUCUUCAGUAUGUCCUGGGGGUUUCUUAGACAAGUUCAGCCAUAGCUUUCACCUCCCUCAUGUCCAGCAGAGGACACCUGGGAUGGGGAGGUGGGGACAAGCCUACAGCUCCUGCAAUCAAAAACCCUGAUAAAUUGCUAGGACCUAUUGAGAUGACAGCUUCCAACCACUAAUUUUAUUGUAUAACACAGAAAACAGUAAACCAUGCUUAGGGACCUACCACCACAAACCCCUGCUGCCAGCUCAGCCUCAGAAACCUCACUGCCCACCAUGAGUACGUUCUAUGUAGCCACCUCCCAGUGACAGGACUGCUGGGUUCCUAGAAGAGUAAUUAGCUAAAACACCAAUCACCUCUUGCCUAGGUCUUGUUCUUCCAACAUCUGCUUCCUUGGUGCUGGUGCUAAACCAAGCAUAUCCUGAGAAAACAUCCCUGUUCUAUAAUCCCUGGGUUCACAGACAAUGAGAAACUCUUCAGAAGAGGAUUUGAAGUGAAGCAGGAAUGUGAACACCAGGGAAUAUUUACACUGUCUUUUCUAUAUCCUGUACCCCAAAUACAUGUCCUUUAUACUCAGUGUAAUAGAAAAGAAAAAUAGUAGAGAAAGGCAAUGAAACAAAAACAGGUUCUUUGAAAAGAUCAACUAAAUAAAUUGUAGCUAUACUGACCAAGAGAUCAAGAAGAUAUAAAUUCCAUUCCCUUUGUUUCAACCACACUGAACAGAUGGCACUAAACACAUGCACUUUCAGGCCUAUGCUCUUACACAUGUUUGGUCUCCAUCUAUAGAGUCCUUCCCUCCCAUUCCCUUUAUCAAUUAAAUCGAAGUUCACCCUAGCUUUCUGCCUGGAGGCAUCAUUCUUUCUUAGAGUUCAAAUGCAAUUGGCUCCUGAACUCUUCCUGGACAGAGUUAAUAAUUAAAUAGGAAAUCAACAACAAAAGAAAGAGAAAGAAAGAAGAAAGAAAUUUCUAACCAUUUGGAAAUUAAACAAUACAUUUCUAAAUAACCUGUGGCUCAAAGAAGAAAUUGCAGGGUAAAUUAUAUGUUGCUUGAUGAAAAAAUAUGUAUUAAUGAGUUGUAACUAAAGCAGUGCUUGGAGGGAAAUUUUAUAUCUCUAAAUAAAUGCCUAUAUCAGGAAAAAAAAGUCUCAAAGGAAUAACAGAAACUUCCUUUAGAAACAAGAUAAGCAAACAAAAUCCAAAGCAAGUUAAAAUCAGAGCAGA